GCUCAUGGAGCAUCACAGAUAGAUCGGGAUCGGGUGAUAAGAAAAAUUCGCUUGAUCAGCAGUUGAUCCACGCUUCUACAACUUCUACGAUAACAGACUACAUCUAUGAACUACAACUUCUACGAACGCACAAAAGGCUGGCGUCUGCGUCAGACGCCAGGAUUCUCGGACGCCUCAGAAUUCUCGGAAGCCUGAGGUCUGCGCCGAACUUGCGGGUGUUUGUCUGUCCGGGGACUGACCCAGUCUGGUGUACUCGGUCAGUUCCCGGACCGGAAAAACCCCUGGCGUCCGCGUCAGACGCCAGACUUUCGCCAAGUCUCUAUCUACUUGGAUCUGUGUUUAGCUUGGUGGGCCCCUUAGCUUGGCGGGCUCGCGGCACUCUGCGUCUACAGUUGUGCCAUUUGCUCGUUCUGCUCCAGUCUCCUUGACUAAGGAUUUUCCGCUGAAAGUGCAUGCGUUUCCCAAAGGGAUGCGAAAUCAACUACAGCUUUACCAUAACCAUCAACUUGCUCUUGUUGUGUCUUUCGACCUUACUACGGC